UCUGCUGGGCCGCCGGGAGGGUCCGCACCUCCUCGGAUCCGAGAGCUGCGGGGGCGUCGGGUCUCCCCGGGGUUCGGCACCUGCCCCGGGACGGUCCUGUGCCCAAGAACGGGACGGCUCACCGCCACCGGCCCAGAUGGGGCCCGAGGACCGAGCAGUUCCCGCCCCCAACAGUUCCACUCAGUUUCGGGUGCAACUACUCCCGCUGUCCGCCUCGUGUCCCUGUGACCUCGGGAGCGGUCCCGCACUCGGGCGAGAUGGCCCUUCUCCACUCGCGAUGCGGAUUUGGGGCUUUCCCUCCCACCUCGUCAGUCUCGAAGCCCCGACGUGGCGUUUUCCUGUCAGCCCUGCGGUCGCCGGUCCGUCCUGCGGGUCCCAGUGCUCGCUCUCCACCGUCUUGGGCGGAAAAGUCCCGUGUCUCUCUCUUCCUCCUGCUCUCGGGGAAACGCAGCUGGAGGCCCCAGCCGCAGGCUCUGCCGGACACCGCGAGCCUUCCCGGAAUUCUAGAAAUGCUAAUCUCCCCGCCGUUAACGUCACACCGACAGAGGUGGGGGUUUUGGUUGCCAGAGGAGCGCAUGUGGGGCUGUCCCCUCCGCUGUCCCCCCGGCAUCUGCCGCCGAACCACGCCUCGGCCCCAACGCCCCGCAGCGCCCUUCGGACUGACGUCCCUCUCAGAAGCGAACGGGCUCGGGGAAGGACGGCCUCCGCGGGCCCCCGGGGCCGUUCCCCACGUCGACCCCUGCCCGCGCAGCAUGAAGACGCCUCCGUCCCCGGGGACGCAGCUUCCAAACCCCGCGGUGAAGUGGGGCUCACGGCACCACGAACAGACCUUCAAGACGAACCCGACACGCCUUCAGCUUCCCUGACGGGAGCGGAAACGCCCACGGGAAAGCGAGCGGAAGUCGGGGCCGCCGCGACCGGCCUUCUGCGAGUCACAGGAGCCGCGAGGGAGCCGUGAAGCGGCGGCAGCGGAACCGGAGCCCCACGGCAAAGCGGACGGAAUCCCAGAAGCCCGCAGCCACCGCAAGUGACUCGGGAAGAGACGAAGUCACGAACUUCCACACGAGUGAAGAGGCCGCGUCCGUGUAGACGCCUCCCGACAGAGACCGCGCUAGCCCAGGCGGCCUCACUGCCCUCCCAGGACGGGCGGGAACGGGCGUCGGCCCUUCCCAAACGCUCCCCAAAAUCAGAGAAGGGGGCGCUUCCCGACUCUUCUCACGAGGCCGGGUUUACCCUGAUUAACCCCAAGACGCCAGCAUCUCGGGAUUUGUGCAGCCGGAAGCAAAUGCCCUCAACGAAACAGCAGCGAGCAGCAGCGCGACAGACGGACGCCGCGCCGUGACCAGGUGGGAUCGGUGGGUCCCUUGUGCCAGCAGAACGUGGCGGGGGGAGGGACACGGUCCUCUCGGCUGACGCAGGAAAAGCAUUUGACACGAUCCAAAACCCUUUCAUGAGCAAAGCCGCGCCGGAAUGACAGUGAUAAUAAAAUGACGUCAGUGCACCCACAGCCAAGAGCGAACGUGAAGACCUUCCCCGCAGACCCAGACUGAGACCAGAGGGGCCGCUGCCGUCCGUGCCCGUGACGCCGACUGAAGUUCCAGCCAGCGCCGCUGGUCAAAACACUACAACGCUUCAGGGGCGCUGGGUGGCUCAGUGGGUUAAGCCUCUGCCUUCGGCUCAGGUCAUGAUCUCAGGGUCCUGGGAUCGAGCCCCGCAUCGGGCUCUCUGCUCAGCGGGGAGCCU